UCCGGUCCUCUGCCCCCACUUCACUGAUUCCCUCGAGACUCGAGAGAUGCGGAUGGCGGAUACGGGAUACCCUGUCUCUCUUCUCCAAAUCCGCAGCAUUUUCCUAUUCCAGAAAUUCGUGCGUUCGUUUCCCACGCUUCUUCCUGCCCACUCCACACUCCACGUCUCCCCUUCUCUCCUCCGGUCCUUGCGGGCAGGCAACCCCCUCCUUCGGAUCCAACGCUGGCGUGCCGCGACGGAUUCCGACGCCCGGUCGAUCAGCCGCCACAACCCCGGGUUCCACCCGGAGAGGCUUGACCCCGGCAUUCUUUUGAGAAAAGGAAGCAGCAAUAGAGAAUGGCCUCGAGGGCAAUUGUUAGGAGAAGGAAAUAUAUUCUGGAGCAUACUAAUGCGCCACUUUUAUUACAUUCAUCUAAUUCUCCUUUUAGCCAAGGAACAUUUGGAUGUGAUAUUGAGCACAGCACUAUAUGUCAUUUGCCCAAGCAGAACCUGGGAGAUUCUAACCGUGAGAAGGCACAGUAUAGUUUAAGCAAGAGAGGCCUUUUGGGCCUUAGUAAUGGAUUACUGCGGAGCCCAACCCUUGGUGUUUCUCUUGCUGUAUAUGUAUCUAAAGCACAGAAUUUUGGAUUUCCCUUGGGAGCCAGGUAUUUUCUGCAGUCAGUCCACACAGUAUCAAAAACAGCUGGGCAGCCUAAGUUUGGUGUUCUGAAUGAGCAGAGUGAGGGCCAGAAGCAGCAAACAAGGGAGGCGUCUCCAGAAGAGUGUGAUCAGGCAGUUGAAGGCUUAAAUACUGCAAAAGCUAAAGCUAAAGCAAAGCAGGUGCAGGAAGUUCAAAAUACUGACCAAUCAAUCAUACAGAAAUUCUGCGCAAUGCUUCUUGGUAUUGGUCCUGCUCUGCGCGUUGUUGCUUCAAUGAGCAGAGCUGACUGGGCCGCGAAGUUGAAGCAUUGGAAGGAAGAAUUCGUUUCUACACUGCAGCAUUAUUGGUUGGGCACUAAGCUACUUUGGGCAGAUGUUAGGAUUUCAUCUAGAAUGUUGGUGAAACUUGCUGGUGGAAAGAGCCUUACAAGGAGAGAGAGACAACAGCUUACACGCACAACGGCAGACAUGCUCAGGCUCGUACCUUUUGCUGUUUUUAUCAUCAUUCCGUUCAUGGAAUUCUUACUGCCAGUGUUCCUCAAGUUGUUCCCAAACAUGUUGCCGUCUACUUUCCAGGACAAGAUGAAAGAAGAGGAGGCAUUAAAAAGGAAACUGAAAGCAAGGAUGGAAUAUGCAAAAUUCUUACAAGAUACAGCAAAGGAAAUGGCAAAAGAAGUUCAAACAUCACGUAGUGGAGAGAUGAAACAGACAGCUGAAGACCUGGAUGAUUUUUUGGACAAGGUCAGGAAAGGGGAACAUGUUUCCAAUGAUGAAAUUUUGAGCUUUGCAAAGUUGUUUAACGAUGAGCUCACUCUGGAUAACAUGAACAGAGCGCGGUUAGUAAACAUGUGCAAAUAUAUGGGGAUUCAGCCUUUCGGUACAGACCACUACUUGAGAUUCAUGCUUCGGAAGAAAUUACAAGACAUUAAGAAUGACGACAAGAUGAUCCAGGCUGAGGGUGUGGAGUCUCUUUCUGACGAGGAGCUUCGACAGGCUUGUCGUGAACGUGGCCACCUUGGUUUAUUGUCAACAGAGGAGAUGUGCCAUCAGCUCAAAGACUGGUUGGAUCUAUCACUUAAUUAUUCGGUGCCAUCAUCUCUUCUGAUUCUAUCAAGAGCUUUUACCGUGUCUGGAAAAAUAAAGCCUGAGGAGGCCGUUGUAGCAACACUAUCUUCUCUGCCAGAUGAAGUUGUGGAUACAGUAGGGACAGUAUUACCUUCUGAAGAUUCUGUCUCUGAACGCAAGAGAAAAUUGGAAUUCCUGGAGAUGCAGGAAGAACUUAUCAAGGAAGAGGAGAAAAUGCAAGAGAAAGAAGAUCAAGCAAAGCUAGAGGAACCAGAGGCUACUGAAGAGGAUUUGGCUUUGAAGGAAAUGACUCAGCCUACUGCAAGGGAAGAAGAGGAACUAAAGAAAUCGAAAGAACAUGAGAAGAAGGAGCACCUUUGUAAUAUCAGUCAAGCACUGGCUGUGCUCGCGUCUUCUUCUUCUGUUACCAAGGAGCGUGAAGAAUUUCUGAGUCUUGUCAAUAAGGAGAUAGAACUAUAUAACACCAUGCUGGAAAAGGAGGGCACAGAGGAUGAAGAAGAGGCUAGGAGGGCAUAUAAGGCGGCUAGGGAGGAAUCAGACCAUGCUGUAGAGAUAGUUGCAGGAGAAAAAGUUUCUUCGACAUUAAUAGAGAAGAUUGAUGCCAUGCUUCAGAAAUUAGAAAAGGAGAUUGAUUAUGUUGAUAAACGAAUAGGCAACCGCUGGCAGCUGCUUGAUAGGGACCGCGAUGGCAAAGUAACUCCUGAAGAGGUAGCAGCAGCGGCAGAUUAUCUCAAAGAUGCCAUAGGGAAGGAAGGCGUUCAAGAGCUCAUAACCAGUCUUUCCAAAGACAGAGAAGGGAAAAUCCUCGUGGAAGACAUUAAGAAGCUGGCAUCAGAAACUGGGGAAAACAAUGAACAGGAAGAAACGGCGCGAUGAUAGGCAGAAGAAUUAACAAGACACGACAGAAGAAUUAACAAGCACUGUCGUGUCUUGUUAACAUCAGCAGUCCAUUUUACCCUUGUUUUCGUCCGUGGCAGCGCAAACUGCAACUGUAAAUGACGGCCGAUUUGUUUGUCCUGCUGCGUUGGAGCGAGUUGCCUAGUUGUGGCCGUAUCAUAAGUCGCUUUGGCGACACUGCGUGCGUAUAGUUAGUCCCCGGUGCCGCCGAUCGUUAGGUAGGUGAACGGCAACUGACUUUUCAACCGGUUGUCGUUGAGAUGGAGAUACCGAUUGGCCGGAUGGGACAAUAAAAUUCAAGUCUGAUGCGAAUAAUAAUCUGAAUAAAGAUGGUAUAUAUGUUGAAUAAGUAUCAGUCUUAAUUUAUGCUA